CGUCUCUUGCGAAGAGUCAUGUCAUGUGUGAAGUUAUGAACUGAUCGUACCUUUCCCUUUUGGAUGGUUUCUAAGAUGUAUCACUACCCAAAAUACAGACGAGCGGGCGGCGGCACGCGUUCGCACGCGCAACAAAAAACCAAGAAAGUUGCAGCAAAUUACUGAUCUGUUAUCAGCGCCCGUCACUCUUCCUCUUCCCCUCUCCCACAUCAUCGAGGCGUUCGGCGUCACUUUGUCUUGACCAGCGACGGCAGCUACUGCCUAAAGUUCCCAACUUUCUUUGCGAUGAGUCAGGGGACGAAGUGGAUCCGCUCGCUGAGGCAGCUUAGCGCGCUUAGCGCUGCUGCUAACAUGCCGGCGACCAUCCUCGAGAAGGGGCAGAACCGGGUCAUGGAUGCGUCGCUUACUCUCAUCCGCGAGAGGGCCAAGCUCAAGGGAGAGCUACUAAGGGCGCUUGGAGGCGUUAAAGCUUCAGCAUCACUUCUGGGAGUUCCCUUAGGGCAUAAUUCAUCUUUCUUACAGGGCCCUGCUUUUGCUCCUCCUCGUAUUAGGGAAGCCAUCUGGUGUGGUAGCACGAAUUCUUCUACUGAAGAGGGCAAAGAACUAAAUGACCCUCGUGUCCUAACUGAUGUUGGUGAUGUUCCAGUCCAAGAAAUUCGGGAUUGUGGUAUCGAUGAUGAUAGAUUAAUGAAUAUUAUAAGUGAAUCUGUCAAGCUAGUGAUGGAAGAAGCUCCGCUUCGUCCAUUAGUCUUGGGGGGUGACCAUUCAAUAUCCUACCCCGUUGUGAGAGCUGUAUCAGAGAAACUUGGGGGACCUGUAGAUAUUCUUCAUUUAGAUGCCCAUCCUGACAUCUAUGAUGCAUUUGAGGGAAAUAAAUACUCGCAUGCUUCUUCAUUUGCACGGAUUAUGGAGGGAGGAUAUGCUAGACGUCUUUUACAAGUUGGAAUCAGAUCAAUUACGAGUGAAGGGCGUGAACAAGGGAAGAGAUUUGGUGUGGAGCAGUAUGAAAUGCGAACCUUUUCAAGAGACCGUCAUAUUUUAGAAAAUCUGAAACUAGGAGAGGGUGUAAAGGGAGUUUAUAUAUCGGUAGAUGUGGACUGUCUGGAUCCUGCAUUUGCUCCUGGAGUUUCUCACAUUGAGCCAGGAGGCCUCUCGUUCCGUGAUGUCCUUAACAUUCUCCAUAAUCUCCAAGGUGAUGUCGUAGCUGCUGAUGUAGUUGAGUUCAAUCCACAAAGGGACACUGUUGACGGAAUGACUGCAAUGGUGGCUGCUAAGCUUGUGAGGGAGCUUACUGCAAAGAUCUCCAAAUAAAAGUGGUUUCCUCUUCAUAUCCAUACCAGACAACAUUUUAUUAUCUUAAUGAAUAGGCCUUGAAAUUUUGUUGCCUCCUCGGUACGUUAGUAAGUUGGUGCUGAUCCUUUGGUUGUAUUGGUUUCUUGAAAGUAAAUAGGAAACCCAAUUAGAGGAGCCCCUGAGUUUAUGAAUUUAGAUGUUUCCAUUCCUUGGAGUUUUGGGGUCCUUGAAGUUGCCGCUGAUCUUGCAUGAGCGGAGUGUUGAACAUUUAUUCCGCUGCUUUGCAGUUACCUUUGAAUAAUGAAUAUUAAAUAUGUUGAAUGUUAUAAAUGAUAUAGGUUUGACUGUUUAUGAAA